AACAGCUAUAUUUCCAUGGAAGAAGUUGAUCAUCGAGACAUUGUGAUUGUGGGAGCGGGGAUAUCAGGCCUCACAACAUCCUUGGCACUACAUAGGUUGGGAGUUGGGAGCUUAGUGUUGGAAUCAUGGGAUAGUUUGAGAAACACAGGAUUUGCCUUAACGCUGUGGACCAAUGCUUGGAAAGCUUUGGAUGCUGUUGCCAUUGCUGACUCCCUCCGCCAACAACACUUCCUCAUUCAAGGAACAGUUGUGGUGUCCACAAGUUCAGGGCUUGCUACUUCGGAGACAUCAUUUCAUGCAAAAGGAAGCCAUGAAGUUCGAUGUGUAGAAAGGAAGUUGUUGUUGGAAGCCCUUGCAAAAGAACUCCCAAGUGGCACCAUUAGGUUCUCCUCCAAGGUGGUUUGCAUUGAGCAAUCAGGCUUCUUUAAGCUGGUGCAUCUUGCUGAUGGAACCAUAUUCAAAACAAAGGUGUUGAUUGGUUGUGAUGGAGUGAACUCGGUGGUGGCAAAGUGGUUGGGCUUUCAAAAGCCCAUUUUUACAGGACGAACUGCCAUUAGAGGCUGUAGAGAGUCCAAAGACAGCCAUGGAUAUGGGUCCAAAUCUGUGCAGUUCUUUGGGAGUGGUGUCCGGUUUGGUUGCCGCCCUUGUAAUGAUAACACUUUAUUUUGGUAUGUCACUUAUGUUCCCUCCUCUCAAGACAAAGAGCUACAAGACAAUCCAGCUAAGAUGAAGCAAUUUGUGUUGAGCAAACUUGAAAAGCUACCAACCCAAUUGAGGACUGUCAUAGAAAGAACUGAACCGGAUGGGUUUACAUCGUCUAGGUUAUCAUAUAGACAUCCAUGGGAGUUAUUCUGGGGAAAUAUUACCAAAGGCAAUGUUUGUGUAGCGGGCGACGCGCUCCACCCCAUGACGCCAGACAUUGGCCAAGGCGGGGGAGCCGCCUUGGAAGACGGUGUUGCUUUAGCUAGAUGUCUUGCUGAAGCCUUAUUGAAAGGAUCAGGUGAUCAAGAAGACAAGGAGCAACAUGAGAGGAUUGAAAUGGGGUUGAAGAAGUAUGCUCAAGAGAGAAGGUGGAGAGCAAUUGAACUCAUCACUACAUCUUAUUUUGCUGGCUUUAUACAACAAAGUGAUGGGAAAAUUAUGAACUUCUUGAGAGACAAGUUCUUGGCUAAGUACCUGCGAGGGUUGCUGUUGAAGAGGGCUGAUUUUGAUUGUGGAAAGCUCAGCAUUUCUUGAGGAUGUUAUGACAAUAAUAGAACUUGAAUUAAUAUUAAUUAUUUAUGAAAGAUUAAGGAUGCCAUCUCCUCGAGUUGUAAAGGUUAAAAAAUUUCCAAUUUUAAUGAUUUAUUUAUCGAGGAGAAGCAUGGGUUUUUUAA